CCCCGGUCGCGCACAAUGCGCCGGCGGGGCCGGAGUCCGGACGGGGACGACGGCGGCUCGGCGGCCAAUCACGGCGGUGCCGCCGUCAUUUCGCCUCCACUCUCGAGGUCGAGUAAUCGAACCGGGAUUCGAUUACUCGGACUCGACUUGGACUCCUCUCUCGCUCGCGCGCCUCGCGCGCCCCGCGGGUAUCUUUCCCUAAAGGUUGAAGGUUAUGUCAUUUGUGUAACAUGGCGUCGAGCGAGAGUGGUGAUUUUCAAAAGGUGCUGGAGUAUCGGAUUUACAAGUGCUCCAGUUACUCUUCCUGUUACGUACCCGAGUGAGUGCCCCCGACGUCCAAACAUCAUCGUCGACAUACCGUCGGAUCAGUCCUCGCGUUGGUCCUCCGACAUCGACAACCACCCGCAGUAUCUCAUCCUGAAGCUGCAAAGCCCCUCCGUCGUCAAGUACAUCACUUUCGGCAAAUAUGAGAAAACCCACGUGUGUAAUAUAAAGAAGUUCAAGAUAUACGGUGGAUUAGAGCCCGAGAACACGAUGGAGCUCCUCGAAAGUGGACUGAGAAACGAUUCCAUCCCGGAGACAUUCGAUCUCAAGCACGUUUUGGGAAACGAAAGGAAUUACUUUCCUAUUAGGUACAUAAAGAUUCUUCCAUUGCAGUCGUGGGGUCCCAGCUUCAACUUUUCCAUAUGGCACAUCAAACUAACCGGUAUCAAUGACCCCAAGGUCGUAAAACCCUGUCUCGAGUGGUUCAAUAUGUAUCGGCAGAAGGAGAUAAUAAGACUGUGCAUGAAACACUUUCGGCAAAUGGAACAGCCCGAAAUCGUUGAGACCCUACAGAGGGUUACCGGGGUCCCGCUGGAGGAUCCGCGAUUAUCGACGCUGUACGACCUUUUGGUUACCAAAGGCGACCACUUGCAGGCGGAGCGUUUUAUCAGCAACGCCCUGACGAUGGGGCUGUUAAACGAUUAUAUCAAUGCUCAAACUUAUAGAGCAAUUUGGACAAAGUUAUCGUCCAGCGAGCCUAAACCUGGGAUGCGGGGCGGUCAUCAGAUGGUGCUCGAUCCCAUGGCCGAGGUACUUUAUCUCUUCGGCGGAUGGGAUGGUAAUCAGGAUCUCUCUGACCUGUGGUCGUACAACAUAGAGGCCGGCAAGUGGACACUUAUAUGCAAGGAUACCGAAGCGGUGGGGGGUCCAAGUGCGCGUUCGUGCCACAAGAUGUGCUUGGAUCCGCAGAGACGGCAGCUCUUUACUUUGGGCAGGUAUCUAGACACGCAGUAUCGCACAUGCGACAAUUUGAAGAGCGACUUUUACGUUUACGACAUCGAGUCGAACAAGUGGACGCAGAUCUCGGAGGACACAGGGACGAUGGGCGGGCCGCCGCUUGUAUUCGACCAUCAGAUGUCCAUGGAUGUGGAUAAACGGACUAUCUACGUUUUUGGCGGAAGAGUACUGAUUCAUCCGAGUAGCGCCGAUGAACAUUUAGUGCCGGAGCCACAUUUCUCGGGACUAUAUUCUUAUCACGUACCGACCGGCACCUGGAUCAGACUCGCCUGUGAUAUCGCCGAUAAGCCGUGCUCGAGAGACAUGCCGAUCUACAGAUCCCGCGCUGGCCAUUCCAUGCUGUUUCACCCGCGGUCCAGAAAACUGUAUAUAUUCGCUGGACAGAGAGGCAAGGAGUAUCUGAGCGAUUUCUUUACUUACGAAGUCGAUACGCAGCACGUCGAGUACAUAAGCUACAACGAGUUCGGUACGACGAAAGAUUCCAAUCACGUUCCCGCAGCCGGAUUCACGCAGAGAGCUACCAUCGAUCCUGAGCUCGGCGAGAUUUACGUUCUGUCGGGCUUGAGCAAAGACAAGGAUAAGCGGGACGACAACGUGCAAAAUUCCUUUUGGGUGUACAAUAUCCAGAACAGCAAAUGGUCUUGUAUAUAUCGUAAUGAGAACGUCGGGGAAAAAUAUUGGAGCAAGAUGCAAGAUUACGAACCGUGCCCGCGAUUUGCGCAUCAGCUUGUUUACGAUCACACCAGAAAGGUUCAUUUUCUAUUUGGUGGCAAUCCAGGCAGAUCUUGCCUCCCGAAUUUGAGACUCGACGAUUUUUGGCAACUAGAACUGCGCCGACCUACGGGCGAGCAGAUUCUAAAAAGAUGCAAACUGAUCAUUAGGAAACACAAAUUCAAAGAGCUCGCGCUGAGCAACAGUAUAGAGGCCCUUGAAUACCUGCAGACGAAGAUCUCCGAGAUUAUCGACCACAGUGACACGCAACAGACGAAAGAGUUCCAGCUCUUGACGUCGAUCCUAUUUCGGAAACAGAGUAACUUGGAAGACGCCUCCCAUUCGAAAACGAUGCUGAACGAGCUGACGACUGGUGCGGCGACGCAGCAGCGUGUGAACGCGUGCGAUGUACAUUGCUUGCGAACUGAACUCUACAACAAACUCGCGGAAUUCUUCCCGGAAUCGUUGACGCAGCCGCGGGCGAAUCUGAUCGAUCUUCUACCGUUAUAAUGACGCAGCAAGCGGAUCGUGAGAUUUCGACGACGGAAUGUUGUUCUCUGUUUCAAUUAUAUAUUUCUUUCGUUCAACAAUAACGCCUUGGUUGCAAUUCGCAAAGUAAUCUUUAUUUUUUGUAGACUUUACGACGAGCCUCGCCACGCUAGUGGUGCGAUUUAUUUUUUCUACUUUCGAUAUCGUUGCGCUGAUUAUGGGGGAGAAAAAGGAAUUGGUUGCAGUGUAUUUCGUUCAACGUUAGCAGAACUGCCUGUCGCAACUAUUUCGUUUUUCUUACUGUGCGCUUGAUUGCCGGAGUUGGUUUUUCUUUUUUUAAUGAACUGAACGCAGUUCUUGGAGACAAAGCACUCUACGUGUCAUUUAUACUUACCUACGCGUCUUAUUUGAGAUCAAUCCCCUCGGAACUUUGUGAUAUCGAUAGCUUUCGAACGGACUGGUUAGCUGAUACGUAAGUAAACUAGAACGGUUUUAUAUAUAAUCUCUUCUAUAUUCUAUAGCUAUGUGUUUAUAAUGUGGCCAUAAAGUUGUUGUUAUUAUGUUUGCUGAAAUAAUAUAUUUAUCGAAUGAACGGAAAGAAGACAUGGCUAGAUAGUAGCAUUAAGAAAAGCUCCUAGUAAAGCGUUACGGUUUUAACGCUUGCAAGAUGUUUCAUGCAACUUGAUGUCACCGUGAUAUACACUACUUUCUACGAAAAGUGUGUAAGCCAAGAAAUUAUGAUACAGCUUCGCUAAACGUACAUGAAUAAUUUUUUUACUUCAACAGACGCGGUAACAGAGAAAGAUAGAAAAUAUUAUGGUCAAUUACAUAUAGAAUUUCUUUUAUUAAUUAAUUGCAAUCUUAAAUUGUAAUUAAUUUGAUCGAUUGUACUUAAUUCAAUUAUGAUAUCAAAUUAUAAUUAAAUUAAGAAUUUUCAUUAAUUUUCAAUAUCAAUAAUUAAUUAUAGAAAUCUUGUAACGGCCAUAAUGUUCCUCUUCCAACUGAAUUGCUUCCUUACGUAUUUCCUGUACUAUCAAAGGCAACAGGGAUGUUUCAGAAUAGUCGAGUUGAAUGAAAUAUCCCGUUCGUCGAUCCAUUUUCUCUUGUAAAAUAAACUUAGAUGUAACAGCUCGGUAUCCCGCGUCUUUUGUUUAUAAUCUAAGUUCAUUCACCGGAAAUGCCUUCUAACGAUGAUAUGAAAUUUGAAAGUGUAUUAUUGCAACGCGAGUUAAUAAUCUAUAUUCACAUUUUCGACUUCCCCAAAGGAGCUUUCAGCUCCAAGGGCCUAUCCAGACAAAUCUGUGUAGAAACGUACAUAAGCAUAUGCACAAAUGCUUCGGUUCUUUGUGUCUAUGAGCCAAUCUUAUGCACUAUGCAAAUUUGUCUCGAUACACCUUAGUCGGUCAUCCACAGUAGGAUACAAUAGGAUACCCGUACAGUAAAUUUCAGAGAUUAAGUUUUCGUCAGCAUGUAAAUAUCCACGACGGUUAUCUACUUCUGUAUCAUAAUUAUCGAUGCGUUGCGCUUACUUCAUUGUUUGUUGGCCGAAAUGCAUCCUGUACAUACGUAAUCAACCUCUCGCGAGCUUAAAACGUUACCGAGGAGAGAGGUGCGUGCGAGAACGAUGCAGUUAUAUGUAUAUUGUGAAACAGAAAAGCAAAAACUAAAUAGUCGCUAAGAAUAUUCGGUCGCGUUCAUUAUCUUUGUACAUACACAUACAAUUAUACGAUGUAAAGAACGUCGAGACGAUUUUUAUAAUGUGAUUCCAGUUACGCUAAGUUAAAUAACGGAAUUGUAAAAAAAAAGGGGGGAAAUAUGAAGUGGAGAGUAUACAUAGAAAAAAAAUAUACAUAUAGAGUAGAGAAAAAUGUACGCAGGCAUAAAGAAACGAGACGACCGCCGCCAUUCCUCUAAAUAUACCUAUAUACGACAUAUAUUGGACAUCUCGAAGCUGGAAGGACAGGUAUCGCUUAUGGAGGACACACGUGAAUUCUUCAAGCUUCGGGACGCGUGCGAAACGUCGAUAUACAUACAUGCAAAGUUCUAGUCAGAUAAAUAAAUGUUUACAAAGUACACGGUACAGAGAGAAAA